AAGCAGGUAAGAUUCAAUAUGAAGUGCAUUCCAAGGAUGAACUCGAUCAUCCGUUUAGAUUCCAUGCAUAGUAAAUUUAAGAAUGGCUAACUACAUGCUAGUGUCUAGCUUCCUAUUAUGCUGCCUAUGCCUGAGUGGAGCGGUUGAGUUCAGGAGGCCCGAAAGUACUGAUGACGUCGUAAUAUUUGGCGAUGAAACCGAUUGUAACAAACCUUUGCGUUGUCCCAGAGAUCUUGUAUUUGCCAUAGAUAUAUCAUGUUUUGUAUCUAAUCGAUCGAAAACUUUGAUGAGGAAUUUUAUUCGUGAAUUAACAGCCAGACUGUACAUAAGUCCUGGCGCAUAUGGUACAAGGGUCGGACUCGUCACGUAUAGCAAUAGUUAUUAUCAUAAGAUGUAUUUUGAAGAGGCAGCUGACAACUUCGAAUUGCGGAAUAUUAUACGCUACAUGGAUCUCAAUCAGCCAAAUAUGUGCUUCAGAAGGACAGAUCUGCUCUUGAACUCCAUACGCCUUCGUUAUUUUAACCCUCAUAUUGGUGACAGGGUGGUGAAUAAGUAUGCGAAUACAAUCGUUCUGAUAACUAGUGGAGCCACGUGGCCUUCGUCUUAUUCACAACAGGCGAUUAUCGAGGCACAGGAAUUGACAAAGAUGGGAGCAAAAAUUUUAGUUGUUGGAUUCUUUGAACCUGAGAUUCCGAAGUCUAAUGUUACUACAUCACCUACAACAGCAGCGCCUAUUAACAAUACUACACAGAAUGAUACCAAUACAACCCCGCCUACUUCCCCAAGCCGCAGCUCAGAUACUACCCCAGCCUAUCCUACGACAACGGGGGAAGUUUUCCGGACAGGGGAGCAGAUCAGAGCUAUGGAUGAAUGGGAACAACUAGCAAGCAAUCCCUUUAGUAAAUAUAGAUUCUUUGUAGAGGACUUGGAGAAAUAUGUUACAUUUGUUAAUCCAGUCAUGAAAGUUAUGUGUGACACUUACAAGUCGUGUACCUCAGAUAAGAUUGCAUGUGCUCCGAAACGGCUUUGCUGCGGAUGUGACUAUAUGUUUGUAGAACCAGGGCUAGAUCAGACAAUGAUGUGGCCAUUCCUUGCUGUAAUGUUGGGUAAAUGUUUAGAAGAGGGUUGUAUCAGAAACCCAGAAGGGUACUGCAAAGUGACUCGGUUGCCCCCCGUUCCGCCAUGUUUGUCCGCUGCGCUGUUGAAACAUGCUCUGGUUGAACUCACCAAUUUGCAGCUACUGCAAGGCUACAGCUAUGUAGGAAUAGCUUACAGGUUCUUUGAGACAGAUCUGGACUUAGAUGGAUUCUUUGGGAUGUUCCAAGCUGCGUCUAAUUACAAGGGAGCCAAUUUUGCAAAAAUGACUGAGUUUCAGAUAAAGAGGGGAGUCUCGGCAACUUUCUUCAAUCUGAAGCUACCUAAUAACUUACGUAUCAACAAUGGCGUUGAGGCCUUGUAUAUAGCCAUGGAUAUUGAGAAACUGUUAUUUGAAGGUAUGGAAGAAGUAAUUGCAUUAUCCGAGAGACAUAACGAUGCGGAGUUAGCAGGAUUUAUGAAAAAGACCAUACUACCAGGGUCGAUUAAAGCCAGGAAAGAAGUAGCACAAUAUAUUGCACAAUAUCAUUUACUAGGACCUGAUAUUGGAGAAUACAUCCUCAACAAGAUUCUUAGGGAAAAAUAUCCCAUCGGAAAUGUCAAUUUAUUUGGAAUACCUAGAAAAAUGAAAUCCUCUGCGAAAACAAACGACGUUGAUAAUAAAACCGAAUUGUGAUCGAACAUUGUGUCAUUGAUAUUUGAUAACCUUUUUAUUUUGGAGAUAUCCAAUGGUCUCCUAGGCCUACUCCUACACCAGUGUAAAAUUGCCAAUAGUUUUAAUUUCUAAAAGCAGACAGCAUGUUGAUGGAAUAAAUAAGUUGUACACCCUUUGUUGCAACGUACCUAAAAAGAGCGGAUCGUGACUAUGAUGGAUUCAUCUGUAUGUACAAAUUACAGGGUGUCCAAAAGGUAGAAUUACCCGGUGACACUUUCAUAUAUUUAUGAUAAUUAAAUUGUCUUUCAGAUGACUAUAUUCUGGGAAUAUUGCUUCAUCACUCACAAAGUUAGUUCUCGUUUAUCUCGCUACUGUCAUGGGAAAUGGAUGAUUGUUCUUAAACGAGCUUUUCUCCAAAAUAAGCAAAGUUACUUUGUGGAAUUUUCAGAUCUUUAUGAUUAUCAACUCGCCUGUCAGAUGACUACGUUUAAACAAUAUUCCUUUCACACUCAGAUUUCCCAGGGGACACCCUGUACAUAAUGUUUCCAAAAUGACUUGUACAGUGCUGACCAAUGCAGCAUCGGAGCGAUGUCUAUUGCUGUUAGCAAGCUCCUAUGCCAGCUCAAUCACAAACUUGACAAUUUACUUUUAAUGUUUUUUCUGAUCUUUUUAUGCAGGGCUUAGUAGUAUAGCUUAAUGUAAUUGUUAACUGAGUACAUAGAUGUUCAACUUUGCUAUAUAUUAUCAAGUUGUGCAAUAAAAUACCCGUUAAACCUGGAUAAAAUAACAAAAGAGACAAGUAGAGUAGCAUGAUUUUAUCAGAAAACUAGAUUGCAUUAUAUUGAAUUGGAUCAUUAACCAUUUCCUUUAGUGUUCAGUUAUUACGAAUUCUCAAGGUAAUAUACAAUAUAAAUUAUAAUUACAAGUAUUUAUUGAACAGUAAC